AUUAGCGUCGUCAGAGAGAUUAAACGUCCCUUCCUUCUCCUUUGGUCCAUUUGCGCCUUCUUCACGUUGUCAGCACUCGUCCUUCUGUCCUGGCUAGACUGUCUAGUUAGUCUUCUGUCCCUUAACUGUCUAAACAGAGACUAGAACACUCACAACUAUGCCAACAAUUGUCAAAGGUGCCAACCGUCUUGCUUUCUGCUCAGAUUAUGACAGUGAAGUCGCCUAUUAGAUAUGCGCGUGAUAGCAACCACCGUUCCUCAUUUCAUUUCGCUCAGACAGAAGAAUAGCUUAUUAUGAUUAGAGAGAGCGAGGAUGAUUGUAACACGGGUCAGAUGUAACACUUUCAAUUUCUCAAAUAAGGAAUAAGUUACAAAUCAACUAAUUCACUUCACACGUUCUCAAUUGAGUCUUUAUUCCACCUUUGAGGAAGUAGAGCAUUGUGGCAUGCACUAAUUUUGAAAAACUAGUUUUAAGCUGGGCCUGAGUGGUAUUUCCUUGUUUUCCCACCUGAGCUUGUUAAAACGUACAGGUUAAGGAUCAUUCACCCUCUCCUUGCUCCCUCCAUCCCAGCCCACUUCGUUCCAAACCCGACCUCUCUUCUCCAGGCUCUCUAUCCCCUCAUGGGCGCGUUAUCAGCCAGUGCAAGAGGACCACUGUCUCAACCCUAACAGCAGUCCUCAACAUGGAGAUGAAACAACCAAUGAUAGAGAACCGAGAGGAUGGGGGAGAGCAGGAGAAAGAACAGGAGUCACACGAAAACGGAAGGCUGGUUGCGGACAGCAUUGUGGAGAAGUGUCAGAAAUCCUGCUCCGGGCCUGGGCAGGUCUCCAACGGUUAUUCCAGCACAUCCCCACAAAGCCCCAGGGAAGGUGCAGGUGCUGGGAUGGACAGAGGCAGCACCCCUGGGGCAUUCAGGACUCUGGUGGUCCAGCAGACCAGCUUGGAUCCACCUAGGGAGACCUGGAGCAAAAAGAUGGACUUCUUGCUGUCGGUGAUCGGGUAUGCAGUGGACCUGGGCAAUGUGUGGCGCUUUCCCUACAUCUGCUACCAAAACGGAGGGGGUGCCUUUCUUCUGCCGUACCUGCUGAUGGCAGUGUUUGGUGGCGUGCCGCUGUUCUACAUGGAACUGGCUUUGGGCCAGUUUCACCGCAGCGGGUGUAUCUCCAUCUGGAAACACAUCUGCCCCAUCUUCAAGGGUAUAGGCUUUGCCAUAUGCAUCAUUGCACUCUACAUUGCCUUCUACUAUAAUACCAUAAUGGCCUGGGCUCUGUACUACCUCCUGUCUUCCUUUCGUACCACGCUACCCUGGACCACCUGCAACAAUAUAUGGAACACUCCCAACUGCACCCACUACCUGUCCACCGACUUGAAUGUCUCCUGGACUGACAACUCCAUCUCUCCGGCUGAAGAGUUCUAUAUACGGCAGGUCUUGCAGGUUCAUCUGUCCCCUGGUCUUCAUCAGCUGGGCUGGGUGAGUUGGCAGCUAGCCCUCUGUCUGUUAUUCAUCUUCACUGUUGUGUACUUCAGCAUCUGGAAGGGGGUCAAGACCUCUGGCAAGGUAGUGUGGGUGACGGCUACAUUUCCGUACCUAGUGUUGCUGAUCCUGUUGAUAAGAGGGGCCACCCUGCCCGGAGCAUGGAGAGGAGUGGUCUUCUACCUGAAACCAGAUUGGGGCAAACUUUUAACCACGUCAGUUUGGCUUGAUGCGGCUGCACAGAUCUUCUUCUCUUUGGGUCCAGGCUUUGGUGUCCUCCUGGCCUACGCGAGCUACAAUCCCUUUCAUAACAACUGCUACAAAGAUGCGUUGAUCACAAGCUCAGUGAACUGUUUGACUAGUUUCCUAUCAGGCUUUGUGAUCUUCACCGUGCUGGGCUACAUGGCAGAGAUGCGCCAACAAGGUGUGGAGACUGUAGCUAAAGAUGCUGGUCCCAGUCUGCUCUUCAUCAUCUAUGCUGAGGCUAUUGCCAAUAUGCCGGCUGCUACGUUCUUCGCCAUCAUAUUCUUCCUCAUGAUAAUUAUGCUGGGGCUGGAUAGCACGUUUGCAGGUCUGGAAGGGGUAAUUACAGCCAUGUUGGAUGAGUUCCCCCACCUGUUGGCCAGGAGAAGAGAAUGGUUUGUGCUCGGCCUUGUGUGCGUCUGUUAUUUGGGAGCCCUCUCCACUCUUACCUACGGAGGUGCGUUUGUUGUAAAACUAUUUGAGGAGUAUGCCACAGGCCCUGCUGUUAUCACCGUAGUCUUCCUCGAGGUCAUUGCAGUUUCCUGGUUCUACGGGACGACACGUUUCUGCAACGACGUGCAGCUGAUGCUUGGCUUUGCCCCUGGUGUGUUUUGGAGGGUCUGCUGGGUAGCCAUCUGUCCCUGCUUCCUAUUGUUCAUUAUUGGGAGUUUCCUGGCAUUCCCUCCCGAGGUGAGGCUGUUUGACUACUUGUACCCUUUCUGGACCACAGUUCUCGGCUACUGUAUUGGUCUCUCCUCCUUCAUCUGUGUGCCUUCUUACAUGGUCUAUCAUCUAGUCACCACCAAAGGGACCUUCAAACAGCGUCUACUAAAGAGCAUUACCCCUGAGGCUUCAGGGUCCAGCGGCCCUCAGAGAGACACUAUUGUCAUCACCAAUGCCGUGUGACACAUUUCCUCUUCUGCUGGACAUGUAGCACAAACGCUGGGGACCCGUGUCUCCUCGGCUGACCUCCCUUCACACCUCACCCCAGAGGAGUCUGCUACCUGUAUUGUGUGACGGUGAGGCCAGGCCUCCGAAUACAGCCAUUGUUUUAUUUUUAUUCCAGCCGUCCAUGUGUGACCACUUUCAAUGCUCAUAUGAGUUACUGACUCCCAUGGCAAGUUUUUGAGUUUGUGUUUUGGCCUUCCAUUGUUCAUUUUAGAUCUCUAUAACCAAUUUAUACAAAUAUAUAUGGCUCAUGACUACUGUAGAAAAAUAUGGGGUCAGUAAGAAUUAUUUUUUUUAUUUUUUAUUUUUUUUAAGAAAUGACUAUUAGUUAGCAAGGAUACAAUGACUAAUCAAAGGUGAGAUUAAAGACUUUAACAUUGUUACAACAGAUUAUUUCAUAUAAAUGCUGUCCUUUUAAACUUUCUAUUCAUCAAAGAAUCCUGAAAAAAGUCACAGUUUUCAGCAUUGAUAAUAAGAAAUGUACCAAAUCAUUAUUUCAGAUUGAUAUCUGAAGGAUCAUGUGAACUUUUCAAUAUUUGUUUAGUGAAGUUUAGGAUAGGAACAGGAAUGGAUGCACAAAUGGUUCAGUUUCCUUUAUGAAAAUCUAAAAUCUAUAUAGAUUGCUUUUAUACAAUAUUUAUUUUUUUAUAAUUUAUUUUUCCUUAAAUAGUAACUGAAUACAUAAAGAUUGUUAUAUUAUGGUUUUGUGACCAAUUUCAGGCAUAUUUUACAUGUACACAUUCAUAUAAGGCCAAAAAAAUGUGUUUCUUUAUUGUUAUUACAAAAAUUUGUUAUUACGACUUAAAAGAAGAAAGUUUGAGGUUUAGCGACCAUCAAGAAUUGUGGGUAUAUUUUCUUAUUUUAUUUAUUUUUUGUUCAGUACAUGUUAAAAAGAAAAUGUAUUUUACAUUUAAGAUGUUGAAAGUGUAAAAGUAGGAAUGUAACAGAUGGAUAUAGAUAAAUAUUUUUUAUGAAAGAAGCAAGGGCCCAAAUAUGAUUUUUUUGUUGUUGUUGUUGUCCAGAUGUGUUUGGCUUUUUUUUUUUUUUUUGCACAGGUGUGUAUGCGUGAGUGAAUAUGUGUGUUAUGUGUGUCUUUGACAACCAUUCCCAUUAUAUAUAACAGUUUUGAAGUGUUUAGCCUACUUUUGGAGGAUAUGUAUCAAUUGUUAAGCAUAUUUUUAUUUAUUUGUGGGACAUUUGUGGCAUUUAAUUCACAUAAUGUUUAUUUUGUUUAUUUACAACUGGAACUCUUUGUCUGCCUAUUGAUAUAUAUAUAUAUAUAUAUAUAUAUAUAUAUUGAUCGACCACUAGCAUGUUCCUCAGUGUCAGCAGGGGGCUCUGGCAUUUAUUUUUUACAUGUUUCUUUAUGUGAGUUACACAAAGUAGCAGAAACCAAAUAUCAAUGUGCUUGUUACAAGUACUUCUGCCUUGAUCCUCAAGACUUUUUUUCAUGAAAACAGGUGUGACUGGACAUCUAAAUAUGUGCAGGUGUACUUUGUGAGUCUUGUUGUUUGUGCAAUCCGGUGUUCUGUGCUGACUCGCUGAAUUCGUAUCAUGAGGACAUAGAUUUCUCAGUCGAACUGACAUGUGUGAGCUGUAUAUCGAGGUAGAGAAGUAAUAAGCCAUGGUCAGUUCAUUGUGUGUGUGUGCGUGUGUGUGUGUGUGUGUAUGCCGUAGACGUGAGUCUAUUUUGUGCAUCUGUGUGUGUGUGUGUGUGCAUGUGUGUGCAUGUGUGUGCUUCAGUCCAGUGUUGACCUCUCCUCUUGUUUCUCAGCAGAAUUUACUAUUCUGUCUAUUAAAGUAUUGAAAAUCUAUUGUACUUUAUAAAGUCUAACUUUGAUCUAUGUAUGUCUCCAAGACUGUUAAAAGAAAAAUAUGUAAAGGACAAAGACAUAUAUGAAUUAUUAGAGCUAAAAUAAAGGUAUAUGUAUUAAUAA